AUGGACGCACCCCGAGAGGUUAGGACGGCCCCGUCAUACAAUAUCCCAUCUCGACAGCUGAUCAGCGUGGAGCACCCUGCCGUCAUUCGCAACAUUGACAAAGCCCUUGAAACACUGCAAGGCAAUACAGGAAUCAACAAAAUCAUGAACCCAACUAGAGUUGAUGCUCCUGCGCAUCUGAUACUGCGACCGGAAGAUGCCAUGGCACGACCUCUCGUAUCUACAGUUGGCCAAACAAACAAUAUCUUGCUCAAAGUGAAAGUACCGAAGCGAACUGGCCGGAAACGCAAGAGAGGAUCUGAUGAGCCGUUCACUGAUGGGCCAGAAGAUGCACCAGGCCCUCAGCGACAGACAUCCAAAAAUCUGAUGCGCUCUCUUCGUGAUAAUCCCUCCCAGUACAAGAUCCAGGCAGUCGGGAAGGUUGAGCGUACCCAUGUGUUUCGAAGUAUGCCGGAUUUUGUUUACUCCACAGCCAACAGCGUGUUCGUCCAAAAGUUCCGGGAUUAUAUUGUCCCAUAUGACUUAAAAAAAUUAAAACAGUUUGAUAUCGACCUGGCAAAAGGUACAAUUACAGACGCGGAUAUCAUACCACCACCGGCACUUAGCAGCGAACAGGUUCCGUUCCUCUACAUGUACCGCCAAAAUCCGGGCGUUAAGCAAACUCUGGAUGAAUCUGGCCGAAUAAUCACGGAGAACGUCCAACAAGCCACCAAGAUUCGCACUCAUCUUGUGGCACACGAUAUUCUUGAAGUCCCCAGCAAACCUCAAGAAAGCCUCCCACCGAUUGAGACUCUCGACGUCAUUCUGCGUAGGGUUAUCGAAUUCGUCAAAGAACUCUUUGAGAAGCGUCCUAUCUGGACACGCCGCGCUAUUCGAAAUUUCCUCCACUCGGAUGAACAACGCUAUCUUCUUCGUCUCGCAAUUCCCUAUGUAGGAUACAUCUUCCGCGCAGGACCAUGGCGUGACGCCAUCAUCAAGCUUGGUGUCGACCCGCGCACUUCCCCAGAGUUCCGGCACUACCAGACCUUCAUGUUCCGCCUAAUGCCCGGCGAAUCCGAUAUAGGUCGAGAUGGUAGCCGUCGCGACAGAUAUGCCCGUCUGGAUCCAGAAACUCGAAUUGAGAUCCCCGAUUCUAAGGAUUCCUAUAUCUUUACGGGAAAUUUACCCCUACACAAAGAUGGACGAAUCUGGAUGGUCUGCGAUAUUACAGAUCCCCUUCUCAAAAGUCUCCUCUACCCCCCCGAAGAAAACUCUGAACCUCAUCUUCGAGAGGAGUGUGAGAUUGUCUCAGAUGGUUGGUUUGGUAGCGGAACUUUGGCCAAGGUGAAGAUCAUCAUGCGUGCCAAGAUCGCAUCGUUACUUGAGGGCGUCGAGCCUGACGACGCGGAUUACAUUAAGGUUUCCGAAUUUCCGAAUUUUGCGAAAACGGAGGCUGAAGUCACUGCCAACUUCCAGGUUGAUCCGCGUACCUCAACUCCCAAAGAGAUUUCGUUAGCAACGGAGAUUCGUGCUGCUAUCAAGAGUGCUCCGCAGUGGAGGCGAAUCAAUGCGAAGGAUAAGGAAGGAGAAGAGAGGAAAUGGAAGGGCAAGGGAGCAAGUGCAAACCAGUCGUCACAGACAAGAGAGGCGGAGAUAGAGGACUAUGAAGAGAGACAUUCAAAAGAAGCGGAGAGUGAGGGCGAAGAGGAAGAGAUGGAGAGGGUGGAGAUAUUGGAGGAGCAGGUUGCGGCUGCACUGGCGGCUAGGGAGGCUGCUGAGGAAGAUGAAGACGAAGAGGGAAAUGAUACGCAGGAAGGGGAUGACGACGAUGAAGAAUACUGA